UUGAAAUCAAUAAACUGCAGCAGCGAAUCUCAAGUAGGAAGAGAGGAGAAGCACCAAGAAAAGCGACUUCACAAAGGAAGAAGUCUGCCGCGUAUUUUAUGUAAAGACUGAAAAGCGGUAAGAAGAACGAAAAUAGACAGUCGAGGAAUUCAUGUGAUGUGAAGUAAAACAAUCAGGAGUGCUGCUGCUCACAAGAUUGCGGCAUGUGAUAUCGAUUAGAGAAACGACCACAGCCCUGCUUCAGGCCAACAUGGACUGCUAGAGAACCAGCGUUGAAUUUAGUGGUUGUUGCCUCUCUCCAAAAGAAGGACCAAACAUGGUGCACGUCUACAACUGCCAUCCUUUCUCCUCUCAGCAGAUUGUACAGGUGGAGAGGGAACCUGGACUGACUUGCUGUGGAGGUGGAGCUCUGUUUGUUGUGGCAACUGGAGGAUGCAAGGUGGAGGCGUACAAUCUGGAGGUGGAGGGCUGCCCCUUCAUCUGCCGCUUUUCCACCAUGGGCACCGUGAGGAGCAUCCAGUAUAGCAAGAUAGGAGACUACCUGGUGACUAUUGAGGAAAAGAACAACGCCACCUACCUGAGAGCCUACACCAACUGGCGCUACCAGGCAGAGGAGAAGGCCCGUGUCGGGGUUCGUUUGUUGGGCCACUUGCUGGGCGGAGCAUCUGCGUGGGGUGGAGUGCAGAUGGAGAUCAUUGAAAUCCCUCUGUCAGAGCGUCCCAUUGCUGUGGCUUGCUGCCCAGUAACAGGAGACCUUCUGGUUGGCUGUGAGAACACUCUGGUUCUCUUUACGUUGAAGACACAGAACCGGCUCAACCUGGAGAAUCAGAUCCUCCAGAGCAUCAGGCCGAGCACUCAACAGAACUGCAGUCAGAGUCAAGGUCGGUCUUCAGGUUCAAACCAGAAUCUUUCCAUCCUGGAUUUUGAACGCUCUGUGAUCCUGUACCUUUCAAAAAUCACACCUAAGCAGGUGGCGCUGUGUGACAGCUAUGUGGCUGUGCAAGCAGAGCUGGAAGUCUUGGUACUAAAACUGGAUGUGACCUCUGAAUCCCAAACUCUGGAAGACCCAGUAGACACAAAAAAAACUGCAGAUUAUCUGGAAGACCAGGGUGACUUUCUGCUUGUUCCAAGACACCAGGAGUUACUCGGUGAUCGAGCCAAAGAUGGCGGCAUCCCUGUCAGCAUUGAAAAUACCGGGCUGGAAGACGGAGGACGAUACGAGCUGUCCUACGUCCUUUUCAGGCGCUUUUCUCCAGAGUUCUUCCAAGGAUGCAGCGUGGAUGAAACGCAGCUUCACUCCCUGCAGCUCUACCCGCUGUUCAUCAGUAACCAGUCAUUGUCUCUGGAUGAACCAGCAUGUGUGUUCUGCUUCUUCUCCCUCCCCACCACAGGCUACCUGUACAGUCUGAAGGGUGGAGUUGAGCUUCUCUCAGCAUAUCAGUAUCCAGAGAAGGUCCUGGAGGCGGUGCUAACAGACCACCUGCUGCACGUCAUAACAAAGAGUGCAUUACAGUGUUUCACAGUACGGUGUGCAGCUCUAGCAGCCAGGAUUGAGGACCCCUACAUCGAUACGACCAUGAAGGCCUGUCCACCCUGCAGCCUGGAGGUCUGCGCACUCAGGAUGCAGUUAUUCAUCGGCCUGCGGUCAGUGUGUGUGUAUGGGCGCCAUGUUGUCCUGCUCUCCACCGCCGACGCAGAGGCGCCAGAAGAGACCGAACGCAACACACAGCGCAGGGGCCUCGAGUUGAAAGAACACAGCGUGCUGGCUGGUAUUUUCCAGGCAGUGGGAAUCGAUCCCGCAACCACGCCAGCUCUGGAGAGCCUUCUCUCACGCCCCCUACUGAGCAGGAGGUGGACAAUGUCUUCUCCCAAAGAACCCAGUUCAGCAGGACAUGGGUGGAAUCUCUAUGUUGUGGACACCGUCUCUCCCUUUACUCUCUACCAGGAGAUGGUUGAAUACAGUCAGCGCUACGCAGAGACCAACCCACAGGCCCAAAGUCUGCGGCACCUCCUCAGCGAAGCUCACCUUCUCCUCCGUGCUGCUUUACUCCAUGCAUCAGACCAGCAGCACAAUCCCGCAGAAUCUCUGCAGACAGGCCCAGGCGGACCAGCAGAUAAAACAACAGAGCGACAAGUGCUGGAGGAGGCGCUCAGGAAGAACUGUGCCCAGCUGGGAGACAGUUUCAGCAGGGGCAGUCAGAGGGACUGCCACCUCGCUCUGCCAUAUUACAGGAUGUCUGGUCUGUCACUCACAGAGGUCAUGUCCAGGAAUCGGCCAUUUCCGGGCAGCUCUUCCUCCUAUGGCCCUGGUUUCCUUUUUUUCCUGAAACAUUACUUGUUAGAAGAGACAGAACAGAGCCUCAGCCAGGAAGCAGCCGAUGAGGUCAUUGAUAUUUUCAGCCAAUCGGAGCAUUUAAUGCUCGUAAGCGUGUGUGCCAGCCCCUGCAUGAUAAACGUCAGUCCUGCUCGGACGCUGCAAAUUUUACAAAAUCUGGAGGACUCAGUGGGUAUUUCGGUUUCACUGACAAUCACCAUGGCUGCCAUGAUGCUGCAUUUGGGGGAUCUUCAGCAGUACACACAGCUGAUGGAGAGACAUGCUGAGAUGCUGCUGGUGUACGGGUUUAUCGAGGAGCCGAGGCUGCUCAUGUUUGCUGGAUGCGCAGACCAGCGUGGACAUGUUUAUCCCACAGCUUUAACUCGCCAGAUGGCAAACUCUCAACCUGGACUGCUGGUAGCUGCCAUGGUGGCUCUACAUGAGAACAGCAAGGUUAAGCUGGAAGAGGCCGAUCACAUAUUCAAGGAGCUGAACUGCGAGAACAGCCUACAGGUGGAUUUCUGGGAGGCGACCCUCAUGGCGUCGUCAAACGACGCCGUCAUCCAGGAGCUUCUGUUCCGGUUGGCUUCUGUCUACAUCGACCGUCUAACAAAUACAAAAUCAGAAACACACACAGCUCCAAAACGCAAGUCACUGAAGAGCGUCGAUGAUCUGAUCAGCUCGUGCUCUCAUUACGGUGCUCUGUACCCGUGGCUUAUUCUUCUAAGUCCAACACACACAACGAGUUCCCAACACCUGGAGGCGCUGCACAAACUGCAGUCUCUGCUGUGUGGUCCAUCCCUGUCUGUGGGUUCUGUCGUGCCUCUGUUGGAGCGACUGUCAGAUGAAACCUUAUGGGGCUUCAGCCUGCACCUCCUCUGCGCUACCAGGAAGGGGCAGUACGACAACAGCAUUGAGAAGUUGCUGGACAGAUGUCCCCAAGCGAUCAUAGCCUACGCCAAUCACCAGCUACAAGACAAAAACAUGUCGCUGUGGUGGCAGAAGUUGCUCCCAGAGCUUUGCAAUCGCACAAGAGCUUCCUCAGACAACAGCAUCCUGCUGGCUGCCCUCAAAGAGACGCUGGUUGUGGUUGCCAUGGAGAUGAGCCCUGCAGAAUUCCUCGAGCUCAUCCCUGAUGAUGGCACAGCGUCGUAUUUCUUGCCUCACCUGUUGACAUGCAGCCAGAGGCAACUGCUCGCCUGAAAAACACACUGACACACUCAGUCACACUCACACAAAUUUAUGAAAGCAGAGAAAGCUUUUUUUGGAAGGACCUUCAGACUUUGUUGUUGGCCAGCCACUGUGGAUGAUUCAACCUGCAAUAUUUUCAAAUAUUUGAGUGGCAUAAAACAAUCAUGUAUCAUAGAUAUUACGCAAUUAAACUAAACACUUUAUAGUGUCGGUGGCUAUGGUGGACAUAUCUUCUGGUUAUCUACUGAUUGAACAAAUACAGGAACAUGUGAUGAUGUACUGCUCACUGGGAAGUGAGAUUAAUGGAUUAGGUUUAGAUUCCCAGCAGAAUGUUAUCUGCAAACCUGUUGAGCAGUAUGUUAGUAAUGCCACUGAACAAACCCAUGCAGUUGUGUUACUCUACCUAAGCUUUAUGUCUCAGGUUGCCACUGGAAUAUACUGGUAUUCCUGAGUGGUUGCCAAGUCUGGUUUUUUUUUUUUUUUUAUGCAGCUGGAAUUUCAUCUGAAGAAGCAGAUUAGAAAACUGUUUAUUGGUAUUUAUCAGAGAAUAUGCAAUCAAUGUGACUUCUACAUCUCCUUCAUUAUGGGACAGCUCUAAUAUGUAACCAGCAAAGAAAUGAACAGAAAGCAUGCUGAGUGGUGAAAUAUGUCUAAUCACUCAUGAAUUUACAAGAUUAACAGUUUUCUGCAGAACCUCACCUGUGCUGCUUUUUAGCCUAAUUUCUUACAUUGUAUUCACGUUUCUCUAUGACGGCUAGGUUGAUAACCAUAGAUAUGAUCCUAUUAUCUUUAAAUGGGUCUUUAGAUUUUACUGGAGCAGAAAAUGCAAAUAAAGUCUGUUUAACUUGCUUCAUAGUACACCCUUUAGGGCAUGCAGAGCUCUUAGGAAUUACCCCACCCCACCCCCUCAUAGCCUGUAUGUCUUUUUCUUUUGUACAUAGAUCUGUAGAUAUGUAGGUACUGUCUUGCUUUUCCAUUCAUAAUGUACUCACUCAUCAUUUUAUUAGGCAUAGCUUGCUAAUACUGGGUUGGACCCACUCUUCCCUUCAGCUGUGUGAGGAAAACCCCAGUUUAAUAGCAGUUUUUGAAAUUUUCAGACCAGUAUUUCUGGCAUCUUGCCACAUUAAAAGUCCUUUAAAUCACCUUGCUUCCCCAUUCUGAUACUCAGUUUGAACUUGAGCAGGUCAUCUUGACCGUGUCUACAUGCAUUGAUACAUAUAGACAUUAGUUGUGCAGGUGUACCUAACAAAGUGACCGGUGAGCGAUGUGUUUAUGUAACAUUUUAAAAUAUUUAUUUCUGCUGUGAGAGCUGCAGAGAAACAUUUAAUGCUUUUAUUUAAAAUAAUAUUUUUUUAAUGUAUAGAUUUACAGUUAGACUACUGAGUAAGCUUUGAGCAUGUCAACAAAUACCAGUCUUUUCUUCUGGCUUUGUCUACUGUUACAGCUCAGUUAAAUCUUGGUAUCCUUUUAACAUGAGCUGUUGUGCAUGGAGACUGUAAAUGUGUCACACAAGGCUCAAGUGUCAGAUAUCUCAGUAUUUAUAUAAAGAUAGUGUAUUCAGGCUGCCAUCAGCCAGUUUGCCAUUGCAGCGAUUUAAUGCUUAAAACUUCAUCCUUCUUUUCACUUAUAUUUUUAAAAAUGACUAAAAUAUGUUGAAAUAUUUUAUUGUGUAAGUCAAUAGCUGUUGACGGAGUGGAUGGCAGUGGUGGUAGAAAGAAAACUGGGGGAAGGGUUCCUUAACACACACAGAGCAGUAGUUAAGAUGUUUGUUUUCUCAGAGAAUUUUUGUUUUGUUUUGUCUCAAGUGCAUGAAUUCAAUCUUCCUCAUCCAGAUCCUUUUUUUUUUUAAAUUAAAAUGAUGUAUGUUUUGGUUUGGCAUGCAGUAAGCAAUACUGCAGGAAGGAAUAAGACUUCAGUAGCAUGGGUCACAUGCUUAGCCAGUUGUGGAGGCAUCCAUUUUUAGUGGACCUAACUGCAAUAAUCCUGGGGCAUUAUUGCACAUAGUCGGACUAUGUUAGGCUACACUGCUGUCUUCUGUGUUGUGUAACUUUUGUUAAAUGUGAAAAAGUUACUGUUGUGUGGCCAUUGCAGGUAAAAAAAAAUAUUGCAUCACAUUAAAUGCAAAUAGAAUGACUUCACUAUGUAACAAUGUCCACUACUCAAAAAGAAUUAAAGGAACACUUUAAAAACA